AUGGAGUGUUCUAAGGAUAUGGGGCUUCAGAAGAGACACAGUCAGUUCAGUGACACGAAAUAUAAGUGGAGGACCGUGGUGAUGUUGUUUUUAUGUGGUUUGUGGGGUUGCGGGAGACAGGGCGUGAUGGGUAUGGGAACCGCGGAUCCUUAUUUGUUGAACAAGUCUUCGGGGCUCACUGAACUGCCGGGCGGCGUAAUCGCCAGCGGUAGAACAGUUUGGAAACCGGACGAUAGUCCCUAUCUUCUUAGAGACGAUCUCUUGGUUGAAAGGGACGCAGAAUUGAUCGUCGAGCCAGGUGUAGAAGUCCGAUUCGCUCCUAUGGUCGGGAUAACAGUACGCGGGAAACUUAACGCUCUGGGUAACCACCAAAGUGGAAUUAUAUUUACAAGUACGGAAGAGCCUGUAAGACUACCAAAACCGAUUCCUGAUAUACGCUUAGUGGAUGGACCUUCCAUCCUCGCGGGCAGAGUCCAGCUCCUACAUCGAGGCCAAUGGCGUUCUGUGUGUACAAACACGAGAAAUUGGACAAUCAACGACAUGGAAACAGCAUGUAGACAGCUGGGAUUUAUGGGGGGAUCUUUCUACAACUGGAUGGACCGUCAGCCUGGUCGACGGGUGCGACUUUUGCUCGAAGAACCGAAAUGCAAAGGCACCGAAUACGACUUGUUUCAAUGCGACUGGAAUUCGAGACAGUUAGGCUCCGGUGUCUGCGACUUUCAUCCCGAUCUUGCAAUCCAAUGUCUUCCUCAUCACGACGACAACGAAUUAGGUAACUCCGGAGGACAUUGGAGGGGCAUACGGUUUGAAAAUGCCGUCUACGAACGAAUACUAACUGCGGUUAACACGCUUUACGUUCCCACUUCUAUGUCUAGACUCGUACACGUGACUAUAAAAAACGCUGGUCUCGGGAGGGAUAACAAUGCUACGAGUGCCUUAGACAUAAUUGGAGUGCCGCCUGUUAUGGAAGACAUAGAGAUAUCGGACUCAGCUUUCAAUGCUAUUAAUGUGACGUCACCCAACGCUCCCAUCAUUAUUAACAAUUGUACUAUACAAAACAAUAGAGGUUAUGGUAUCUACGUGAAUUCUACGUAUGGAAUGGCUAAAAUCGAAAAUUGCUCUAUUCAUGAUAACGGUGGCGAUGGAAUAAAAUACGUAGUUCACGAAAUGAAUAUUGAUGGGAGACUUGAUCGAAGCGAAAUAUUUGAUCUGUGCACGCUAGCAUCCACUCCAAGUCAAACUUUUCCGUUACAAAUGUCUAUAGAACAAUCAAGGUACUCGAACAUGGAAAGAGAUUGCAGUCAGAGAUUUUUCACAAGAUCUGAUCACGUGUUAACUUUAAAUUUUAUUAAACUUCUGACGAAUCAAAAUGAAACUGGUGAAAUAUUCGUGCACGAUGGUCUCACAGCAGAGGAUAGAUUAUUAUUGUCGUUCAGUAUAAGAAACCAUACCCGACCGCAAAGUGUUACAUCAACUAGAAACAGAAUGUAUGUUAGAUUCCGUGCAAACACCAGAACUGACAUUGUGGGAUUUUUGAGAUUGACUUCAGGUGUUAGUAAAACAUAUGAUCUGAAUGUAACCGACACUAUAAUUUCCGAUAACAAUGGACGAGGCAUUGUUAUUGAAAAUUUAAGAUCACAAAUUCAUAUACAUCGUACAUCAAUAUCAAAUAAUAAUCAUGUGGCUGGUCUUCAUGUAGUCAGUGGAGCUGGAGAUAUUAACGUCACUGAAAGUAGAAUAUCCUUUAAUCAAGGUGAUGGUAUUAACAUUACCGUUACAGGUGGAAACAGAAAUAUUUCAAGAAGCAUAAUUAGUUCUAAUCAGGGUUAUGGACUAGCCGUUUGGCUUAACAAUACUCAACAAACUGAAUACAUUUCAGUAAACCAAACUACAGUAGUUGAAUACUCAGAAAUAUUCAAAAAUUUAGACAUCGGGAUAUUACAUGGAAACUUUUGUGGUGACAGCUGGCUAAAUAUAACCGGAAACUGGUUUAACUCGAGUGUUGAAACGACAAUUGAUAUUUCAACUUGUUGGCGGAUAAGCAAUCCCAAUAAAUCACUAUAUUUACAAAUAGGCCAUAAUAGAUUUUAUCAAAACCAAAAGGUUCCAUUAAAGGUUCAACCAGCAUUAAACGUUUUAGGUAGAAUCGAAUAUAAUUAUUUUGAGCAUGGUAAUUAUGGUGCAAUGGUGAUUAUGAACAGGAUAGAAGGCAGAUAUUUAGAGGAAUUUGAAAUACUUCCUGCCAGAUUCGAUAUUCAACAUAAUUAUUUUUUCGGUAAUAAAGGACCAUUUGUUGUGAAUCUAGGUCUUUCGCCAUACAGUGAUAUUCAAUACAUAUUAUUUUCAAGAAAUUUCUUAAGAGACAACAAAAUUCGGGAGCCAUUUGAACCCAUAGAAGGUGUUUCUUCUCGUCUUAUUCCUAGAAGUAGAGUUGCUGCUACAAUCGUUUUGGCAUCGAGCAAUAUCGAUGUAUUUAGAAAUAUAAUCAAUAAUCCAGAAGCUCAAUACGAAAUUGGUUCUCAUGUCGAAGAUCAAAGUAAAAUUCUGAACUGCACGUACAAUUGGCUUGGUUUCGGUGAGGAGGAAAAAGUGUACAAGAGAUUGUUUCACAGAAAAGAUAGAUAUAAUCUUGCUAAGAUAGUUUACAUGCCUUACUUAUUGCAUAGUAGUAAUCCUGGGGCGACGCAAAUCAACUUUAAUUCACUCUAUGUCCCCCAGUUCAAUGUUCCUGGUUCAUUUGUUGUCGGAGGUGAAGUGGAGGGUAUAGAAAUGUUAAGACCUGGAGAAUAUGAUGUUGACAAAGAUAUUAAUAUAAGACCUGGAGGCAAGCUUUUACUGCAAUCGGGAGUAACUUUAAAAUUCCCUCCAGCUAUUGGUAUUAUGGUUGGUGGAAAGUUAGAGGCAAGAGGGAAACGCCCGAACGAUAUUACAUUUACUUUAAAAGAAGAAGUAACAAUGACGAAUGACAGUGUAUAUGAAACUGAUGUUGAAAUUGAACCAACUACUCCGGGAUAUGUUGAACCUAUUGUGCCUAUAAGGUUGUUGGGUGGACGGACUCAACAUGAAGGUAGAUUACAAGUGAGAGUAGAAGAGAGAUGGGGCACUGUAUGCAACUAUAAAUGGAACAUAAUCAAUGCUGCCGUAGUUUGCAAUCAACUUGGGUUUGCGUUAAAUCCAGAUGAUUGGUUUUUAGAACCCAAUGAAAUACCAUCUGCUGGAAUGACCGAAGAUAUUAUACUGUCUAACGUGGAGUGUACAGAAUUCGAUAACGACAUAACUAAAUGCAAAGCAGAAACUAGAGAUCAAUUCGAAAAUUCGUGUACACAUGAAAAUGACGUAGGCAUCAGAUGUUAUGAAACCAGUUGGGCAGGAGUAAGAUUCAGUGUUAUAUCAGAACGAACUGAUUUACAAUAUGUUACUAUUGAAAAGGCUGGCCUUCUUGAUUAUUCAUCGAAUUCAUUUAAACCAGCACUUCAAAUUGAUUUCGCUCGUCACGGCCUCGAAAGCGUAAGAAUAUCUAACAAUUACCAUGAUGGAUUAGGAGUUUUAUAUUCCGAUUUGUAUGGUGCUGAUGCCAUAAACACCGUCAGAAAUUCAGAGUUCAGUAACAAUAGAGGAAGUGGCAUUAGUUUUAAGCAAUUGGGCUUAAAGGUUUAUACUUCUCUGAUAGAAAAUAACGAAGUAGCUGGAAUUUCCCAUAAUCCACAUUUGACCAGUUUACAACAAAGAGAAAUCGCUGGAUGGUUUAAUUUAGAUCCAGGAUUCAAUAUGGAUGAAUCUAACUACAGGCCUAUAAUUAUUCCGGAUUACGAAACUGAUAUAAGUUUAGUGAAUGGCGAAACAAGAUAUAUAGUUUUUUCUAAACACUAUGGUGAAAACGUGAUGAAGACAUAUAAUAUCAGAUGUAACCCAGGUUAUGUGCUUGGCUUACAACUUUUGAAUCCAAUUCAUAAUUUUUCUACUGAAAACAUUUGCAUUUAUGAUUCGCAAAAUAUAAACAGCGGAAGUACUCAGUGGUGUCUUGAUCGUGAUUUAUCCACAUUUCCAACUACAAGUAAUAGUUUCGGGAUUGUUCUGACAUAUGAAAGUGGGAAUGCUGCUCUAGGAGGAGUUGUAUUAGUCGUUAGUACAAUUGUUGCCCCAGUUCAAAAUCUUAGAAACCGAAUUGUGAAGGGACCAGUACCAACACUUCAAGUUAUAAAUUCAAGGAUUAAGGGAAAUACCAGAGGUGUUAAAGCUUUGUAUUACAAUAGAUAUUUAAAUGAACUGGGUGAUCAUUUCUUACGAAAAGCUAAUGAAAGCAUUAAAAUAUUUAAUUGCGAAAUAGCUCAUAACAAAGAAGAAGCCAUUUAUGUAAAUACACCGUUCUGGGAUAUUCAUGAUAGUAAUAUAACUGAGAUAACUAUUAUGGUCAAUAGUAGCUUAAUUACUGAUAAUGGUAAAGGUAUCUUUCAUUUUGCGAGGGACUUAAGGAGCUCCAAUAAUCUGUAUCAUUAUAUUUUGCAAGAUAACACAGUCGAGAGAAAUAAGUUAGGUGGAUUUGAUGUCGCAUUACCGUAUGUAUGGCAAUACAAUGAAAACUUUACACAUUCUGUUUAUAUGCAUAAUAAUACAUGGCGUAACAAUCAAAACUUCGGAAUUAUAAUUGAUGGUCAUUUUGCUGAGAUAAAUAUAACUAAAAAUAUGUUUACCGAUAAUAAUUGUAAAAAUGGACUAAUUUCAAUACAAGGAAUGGAAAAGAAAAUGAAACUAGAUGGUAAUUCUAUUGAGAGAAAUAACGGACAUUAUAUGAUUCAGUUCUUUAUGGAUAGCCAGAGUGAAAUUAUGGGUCUUGUGUAUGCUGUUUUCGCAUAUAAUCAAGUCAGAAAUAAUAGACACAGUGCAUUGAUGAAUCGUGGUGCUUUAAUACGUAGCGCAGAUCCAACUUACGUUAUCGGUUUCAAAGGAAUUCAAAAAGUAAAAGUGAGUAGAAACUUAUUUGGAAAUAAUGAUCUGCAAUACACUUUAGUUGCAGGUAUUCGAACAGCCAAGAUUAACAAUCAUCUGGAUGUUUCCGAAAAUUGGUGGGGCAGUGCUGUUCAACAGGAUAUCAAGAAAAAAAUAUUUGACUUUGACGACUGGAAUAAUCAUGCUAUUGCCACGUAUUUACCAUAUCUACUAGAAGACAGUUUUGAUUCUAACGUAUCUCCUACUUUUACCACAGAUUCAGAAAUUGAUACGAAUGUACUGGGAGGAAGACUACUCACAGAUCUAACCUUAGAAUCUCGUUUGACUCCGUACAUAGUGAAGUCAGAUAUUACCGUCAUGCCCGAUACUACUCUUACAAUCAAUCCUGGGGUGGUUUUGGAAUUCGCUCCUAAUAUUGGAAUUCUGGUUAUGGGUACCCUUCAAGCUAUUGGCCAUGCUCAAUUACCAAUAUUAAUGAGACCUGUCACACCUGCAAGUAAUGUUGAAGCCAAUCGAUUUGAUAAAAGAGAAAUAGGACAAUAUUCUCCCAAACAUCAUAAACAUAAACGACAGUUAGAAAACUUCGUUAUACUAGAUUCAAUUAGGCUCUGUACAGGAAGAAAUUGUUCGGUCAAUGAUAAUGUCGUUGAAAGAAAGAAUGAAGGCUUUUUAGAAUACUUCAACAGAACAACAUUGCAAUGGGUACCUAUGUGCGAUAAUCGAUUCACUGAAAGAAACGCUCAAGUCGUCUGCCGAGAGUUGGGAUUCGAUCCAAUUAAUGUUUAUUUUGCAUACGACCGUCGUGUUGAAUAUCAUAGCAAUUCUCUGUCACGAAUUUGGUCAUGGCCUGAACCGCUACAAUGUGUUGGAACAGAAGAUCGUUACGAAGACUGUCCUAUCAGACUUAAUGGACAACUUUAUGGUCAUAGACAUGAAUGUAAGUGGGAUUCAGAUUAUGUUUUCAUUCAUUGCGGAACGAGAAAUUUAGAUGAAAAUUUGGAUUACUGGGGUGGAAUCAGGUUUGCUAAUCCUGAAUUUGAAUAUUCAUUGUAUGAACACCGUAUUCAUGAUCACCACACACAUGAAACUAUGAAAAAAGCCGAGAGCUCACUUGCACACGUCCAGAUUUUUGGUGCUGGUAUUUUACAUAACGAAAAAUCUCCUGCUAUACAAAGCAUAAUGCGAAAUCCUAAUAUACGAAAUGUUAACAUUACCAAAUGUGCCUAUCAUGGGAUAAAUUUAGUAUCGCCUACCGAUUCGGUCAAUAUGAUUUUUAACUCUAUCAAUGAUGUACUGGGAGAAGGAAUUAAUACCAUUUCUCUCAAUGGAGAAGGUAGAGAAUCUGAAGAAUCAAGCUUUACACCUUUAAAAGACCUAAACCUUCCUUACCAUAUGUUUUCUCUUAUCGAUAUCUGUGAUAGCACAAAAAUGAUUAGUGUAGAAGAAAGAGUACUACUUUACUACAAAUAUGACAACAAUCCUGUGAAUUGUGUUAAAAUUUUCAAAAGCAUGUUUAGAGUGAAACCGUUUGGAUUUAGAUUAUUGCAAUUUAAUUUAUUUAAUCACACACAGAACUAUGGAAAAAGAGAUUCGUUGACUUUGUAUGAUGGUGAUAUUUACAAUAUUACAGCCCCUAUGAUUGGUUAUUUAGAAAACGGUUCACCAGACGAGAAGAAACUGUUUAGAACAGAAGGAUCUAGCUUGAGUGUUAAAUUGUUUGCCAAUGGGGCCUCCUCAGUCCAUGGAUUUAUCGCCGAAAUUGUUACAUUACCAAUAUCAGCGAUAGGAUUCAAUCGUGACGUGCAGCACAAUAUUUCCAAUAGUGAAUUUAUUAAUAACAGAAAUGGCGCUAUUACUUACCAGUCUGUGGGUGAAGUUAAUCCAUUAGUAGCCAUGAUUCGUAAUGAAAUGAGUGGGAACUGUCUCAAGUUGUAUGGAAAUUUCACAUCUUGCCAAGCAGCUGUAAGAGUCGACGUGCAAAACACUCAAACACUGGUCUUUAGGAAUAAUCUUGUUCGAAACAACGUUGGUGGAUUGCUGGUGAGAGCAGAUUCCAGAGGGUCGGCUACGUCCCUUCGAGGAUGGAUACAUAAUAAUCUGUUCUUAGCUAAUCACGACUUGCCAUGUCUUCAAGUAGAAGGACGUCAAUCUUCACCUUACCAAGAGAUAACCAUCUACCGUAAUUACUUCACCCGGAACCGCGCUCAGUUUAAAGACGUCAUAGUUCUACGUCAAGUCGUCUCCAACUUCACUCACAACUAUGUACACGACAACACUGGUCAGAGGAUAUUGGAGGUGUCAGGAUUUGAUAAAGUCAGAUUGCCAAUAUAUCAGACCACAUCUCAUAAUGGAUUCUAUAAAAAUUAUGCGCUGGACCGUGAAGGUAGAGCUACAGUAGUAGCCGGAACAGCCGGUCAACAUUACGUCGAUAAUAUUUUCUUCAACCCUGAUAACGACUACGAGAUGAUCACCGUUAACAGAUCUAUCUUUGUUGACUAUAAUCCGAAUAUUGCAAGCUCUCUUGAUCUGUGGCGAACGCGUAUUGACGCUAAACAUAACUAUUGGAGUUACAAUGAAACAUUGGCUGUGGCUGGUCGAAUCAGGGACCAAGACGACAAUCCAUUACUCCUAGAAGUUGACUACAGGCCGUUUUAUAUGAACAACUUGACAGUAUUAGGAGGUGGCAAGUGCCCCCCUGGCUGGGAUAAUGUCCAGGACACUUGCUAUAUGUAUGUAGGUGCGCCGAUGACUUAUGAAGAAGCGCGUCUUUUCUGCUUGUCCGAUAACGCGUCGAUGCCAUACGUGAGCGGCAGCGUGAACUACGCGGCGUUAUACGAGUUCAUAGGUCGACAGAACCAGUGGUUCACCUACGGGGACCGGGUGUGGGUGAAUCACAUCGAUUACGUCACACAGUGCACGUCGUUCGCCUUCUCAUCGGUAGACAUCACUGAUUGCAACCAGAAGAAUGCUUUCAUCUGCGAAAUCGAUCCUAAGAUAUCAAUAGAUCCGAUGUCAUGGCGCGGCGACAUGUUGGCGGUAGCGUUUGUAGGUGUUCUGGCGGCCGCCGUACUACUGGUGGGCGCCGCGCUCAUCUGCUGGUACUCCAAGUCCAAACACAGGCACCUUCAGCGAUUGGAACGCAGGAACAGCAUCAGACAGUCGCUCCACUCAGUGCGAUCUAUAGGUAGCAUUAACGGUAGCUUCCCUGACACUGCUUACAGGAGGAAAUUGGCCCAGAUGAGCACCCGUUCUACGGAGACCCUAACAAAAGGUUCGGACUACAGAAAGAUGGUAGCUUCCACUGUAUCCGUGGAAUCUAUGGAGAAGAGUCAAUUCAACUCCUCAAUGGAAGACAACCAGAGCUUCGACAUAUACGAGGCACACAAUCCCAGUGCUAAUGUGAUGCCACUCAAACAUAGCACGUUCAUCAAGAAACCGGCUUCACCAGAAUAUUCCAUACCGCAAAACAACAAUAGACCCUUCAAUUUGGCUUAUAGAAAUGAGGGUUAUAGGGAAAAUUCAACACCAGCAAGCGAAGCACCUUCAACAAACACUGUUAUGACCGAAGAGAUCCCCAUAAUUCAUCAUCCCGGAGGACUCAGGUCACAGGAUGACGAUACUUUGUCCCCUACAAGUGAUUCGCAAUACUUCACUUCUGAUACGCUGCCUUUAAGAGGUCCAGAUAAAUCGGAAGAUAGUUUGGCUUUAAAACGAGAGUUGGAGAAGGAGGGAAAGAUAUAUGGGCCGUACGGUGCGCCUAAUUAUGGAGGUCAGCCGAAGCUCUCUUUUCUAAUGGAGUUAAGGUCUAAAAUGCCGGAGCAGCCGCAGCCUGGAGCGGCACCUACUACCACUUUUGGGCAGAGGAAUAAUAUUACAGAUCAACAGCAGUAUUACGAAGACAACUUGCCUAGUCCACCCCCACCUCUAUAUAAUUACGACACAACUCUAUCGGACAACAUUCCCAGCUACGAUUCGAGUCCACAAGAUUUAAGCAGAGAGUUUGACACGCCCACUCCCGAACUCCAUCAUAGAUCUAAGUCCGAAGCGUUGUUAGAAACCAAUUUCGAAUUCGACGAUUCUGAAUCCAGCCCGUUGCCAAUCUCCGAAGAUCAUCGGUCACAUAGUCAACCCCUAGAAACGGCAAUGUGAACACUUUAGUAAAAUACUACCAAAAUAGUAGUUUUAGCAAAUUGUUAUGGGAAAAUUAAUUGAAGAAAUAAAUAUUUGUGAAUGUUAACUAUUACAUCGGAUAGUAUAAACAAUAUUUGGAAACCAUAAGCAUAUUUAUAAAAGUAAUAUUUUUCUUUGCUUAAAUAACAAUAUCUAUUAAAAUAUUUUUUAUUGUUACCUACAAUUUUAUAGUAAAAAAAGAUAGAUAAUCUUCAUUAAAACGGCUUGUUAUUCAUAAACAAAUAUAUUAACGUGGCAUGGUAUAAAGAAGCGUGUUUUACUGAUAGUUAGGCAAGAAAUAAAAAGACUGAAUGAUUUGUCUUGAUGAAGAAUUGUGCAUUUAAAGUGAUACUGUAGAAACUGAAAAAUACUUUUUUAGUAUUCUUAAUUAAUAAAGAUACAGCUUUUUGUAUCAAACACUUAUAGUAUUAAGUGAACUUACGAACGUAAUAAAUAGGACUGUAUGUGCGGGACUUGUAGUCUUAAUAUUCAAAUAUAAGUAUAAUCAAAUAUACCAUCAAAAUAUACUCGAUCUCAUUAUAUCGGAUUCUAAUUAUAUUAUUUUGAUUUAUUCACUGUGUCCUGUAAGGCUACUAUCGUAUAUGUUUAAUUAAAAUAUUAUGAAUAUAAAAAAAUCAUGACUUUAUUUUAAAUUAUAUUGCGACAAAUAAACUUUAAAUCUAUUUAAAGGUACCUAAAUAUUGACCAAGUGCAAUGACUAAAAGUUACUUAUUAAAAAACACAUUCAAGACAUAUCUAUGUAUUAGAAUUAAUUAAAAAUAUAUGUGUAUAAUAAUAGUACUUGUCCGUCCUUAUUAUAGAGAAGUAUUUAUAAAUUAAUUUGUAGUGCACCUGGUGCCGUUUAAUUACAUCAGGAAUAUUUGUUUAGUUGUUAAAAAUCUUUUAUACAUAGACAAUUUACUUUAUUUUAUUUACUUUAAGAUAAUAUUAGAAUUCCAUAGCUUUUCGUUAUUAAUUAGAUUAAUUUUCUAUUAAUUAUUUUCACACUUUUUUACAUCACCUUUUCUUUAAUUUUAGUGAUAUCAUAUAUUUCUUUACACUUUUCAUAAUCUAAAUCAAUUAUACCUACCUUUUUUUUUUACUUUUUCAUAAAGAUAAUUAUUAACAUGUACUAUUUUUAUUACCAGACUAAAAUAUUCCAUGUGCUUUAAUCGAAAAUUGUACAAAUAUGUAACAACUUUUAAGUGAUAUGACAAAAUCUAAUGAAUAAAACUAUCGUUAUUAU